UAUAUACCCCCCCCCCCACCCCACAUCUCACAAUGGUUGCUAACCCAUCAUUAGUUCUUAACAAGAUUGACGACAUCACCUUCGAAACCUACGAAGCCCCAGAAAUUGUCGAACCAACCGACGUUAUUGUCGAAGUUAAAAAGACUGGUAUCUGUGGUUCUGAUAUCCACUACUAUGCCCACGGUAAGAUUGGUAACUUUAUCUUGACCAAGCCAAUGGUUUUGGGUCACGAAUCUGCCGGUGUUGUUUCCCAAGUUGGUAAGGGUGUCAAGCACUUGAAGGUUGGUGACAGAGUUGCCAUUGAACCAGGUAUUCCAUCCAGAUUAUCCGACGCUUACAAGUCUGGUCACUACAACUUGUGUCCUCACAUGUGUUUUGCUGCCACUCCAAACUCCACUGAAGGUGAACCAAACCCACCAGGUACCUUGUGUAAAUAUUUCAAGUCCCCAGAAGAUUUCUUGGUUAAGUUGCCAGAACACGUCUCCUUGGAAUUGGGUGCCAUGGUUGAACCAUUGUCUGUCGGUGUCCACGCCUCCAAGUUAGGUAAGGUUACUUUCGGUGACAAUGUUGCCGUUUUCGGUGCUGGUCCAGUUGGUUUAUUGGCUGCUGCCACCGCCAAGACCUUUGGUGCUGCCAGAGUCAUUGUCAUUGAUAUCUUUGACAACAAGUUACAAAUGGCCAAGGACAUUGGUGCUGCCACUCACACCUUCAACUCCAAGACUGGUGGUGAUUACAAGGACUUGAUUGCUGCCUUUGACGGUGUUGAACCAAAUGUUAUUUUGGAAUGUACCGGUGCUGAACCAUGUAUUGCCAUGGGUGUCCAAAUUGCUGCUCCAGGUGGUAGAUUUGUCCAAGUUGGUAAUGCUGGUGCCGCUGUCAAGUUCCCAAUUACUGAAUUUGCUACUAAGGAAUUGACCUUAUUCGGUUCUUUCAGAUAUGGUUACGGUGACUACCAAACUGCCGUUAACAUUUUCGAUGCCAACUACAAGAAUGGUAAGGACAAGGCUCCAAUUGACUUUGAACAAUUGAUUACCCACAGAUUCAAGUUUGACGAUGCCAUCAAGGCUUACGACUUGGUUAGAGCCGGUUCUGGUGCCGUCAAGUGUUUGAUUGAUGGUCCAUUAUAAACAAACUACACACUUUUAUGAAACUUUAAUACUUUUUUUCUCUAAUUAAUAGACUGCAAUUGCAUUGAAUGUGAUGAUAAUAAAUGGUUGGAUGAUUUAACUAGAGUGUAGAUGGAUAUCUUUUACGUGUAGAUUAAGUUCUUUUUACGACGACUAGUUUUAAGUUGUCAACUCCGUAGGUUUAACGUUGUAGUAGUUGAGGAGGUAAUAGGCUUGUUGCAAAAAAAAAAAAGAGUGCACCUGCAUAUAGCCCACCACACUGACAUUUU